UGUUAUUUUUGACUUUUAAACUGGGGUGGGAUUAUGACUGGCAUGCAACGAAUGCACCAAAAAUAAAAAGGAGGGUAACAUGGGAAACUUUAUCACAAGCUGUCAUGCACUCUGGAGCCAUGAGAGAUGGACAGACAAACAGAUGUUGUAAAGCAGACAGAAGUCUAUCUACAGUAGGUGACUCUGUCUGAGUUCUUUCGUUAUGCGGUUAGUGGUUCUCCAGUUAAUGGCUGGCUUCUAUGGAAGUCUGGGCUCUUUGUUUUUUCUGCUUUCUCUUGGUACAGACUACUGGCUUUUAUCCUUGGAGUCUUGUGAUCCACAGGACAAGAACGUAGAAAGAGUAAGGAGAGGUAUAAGAAAGGAUGGACUAAAAGAAGACCCACAUGGUACGAAAAGCGCAGUUUUGUCCUACCAUGAAGGCAUUUUUUGGAAAUGCUACUACAGAACAGGCAGAGAAGAGGAGAGCAUAAUGGAUUUUUGGAUCACCAACCAACCAUCAGAGAAGACUUGCAUGCCUGUCUUCCUUUCCCAUGAUCCUCCAUCUGAGAAAAGAAGUGCUUCAAACCCAGAUACAACUACAUUGCAUAGGAUUUUCUGGUGUAUUAUUUCUAUCCUGGGAUUUACAAUGGUUAUGAUUGGUGCAUUUGUUACCAUCUGCGGCAUCCCAGGAGCCAACCGGCGUUUUUAUGAAGCUGGAGGUGCUCUUUUCAUAACUGGUGGUAAAUACAGUUCUUCUUUGGAUUCUUGCUUUCGGUCGUAGUGGUGACAUUUGCAAUAUGGGUGCAAGUCUCAGGCUCUCUGGAGCGUUCCAUCCUACAGCGCAGGUCCUCCAUGUGCCCAGACCUCCACCUCAAUUUGUACUAUGGGCCAUCUUUCAUGUUGGCACCCCCUGCCUCCUUCUUCAGCGUCCUCUGUGGCAUCUGCCUUCUGCUCACCCAGACUGCCUCAAGAGUAAAGUCAGCAAAUGCAGCAAACCAACCCCCGUCUGUACAAAAUGAUUGGGAAACUGCCAUACUGGAAUAACAAAAAAGGCAAUUUGCUGAGCAGAAAGGACAAUUACGCUUGAUGCACUUACUGAUAUGCACAUUUAAGUGAAAUUUCAUUAACAAAUGACUGAUGUUAUACUUGUGAGUAACUCUCUGUAUAAGGACAUAUAGACAGUUGUGUCGUUUUGGUUCAGAUUAACGGAGAAGUCUGGAUAACAUAAUAGAACAACCACAAGCAAAAGUGGACCACAAGGUUGGCUGUGUCUUAUUUUAAUGUCUGAACUGCACCUAAAAAGCCUUUAUUGGUUAUAACAAGCUACCACUGGGGUGCAGUAUUGCUUUAGUAUUGCAACAUUAGAAAAAACAUUUUGAAUAAUUUCUAUUACGAUUCAUUCCAAAAAAAGGAAGCAAAUAUGCUUAGUUUUUAUAGCCAGUAAAAAUCUGAUUGCGAGUAACAAAUGUAUACAAUCGUAGUUAGAGAUAAAACUGGCAGAUCUAUACAUUAAAUCAGUUCAUGUGAUUUAACACAUACCUGAUUUAAUUUUUAUAUUCAUGCUGACUAAGCACCAUAAAUAAUCUUUGUGUUGAUUCAAACUAAAUUUUUGUGUUUUUUUUUUUUUUUUUUG